CUUUUCCACUCUCUUUAUACGGUCCUGAGGAGAGUCGUCUGCCUUUCCCGAUCGUUGGGACUGGCUGCUGUGGGGUUGCCGUUUCUCAGAGGGAAACCCACCCGCCUGCGCCCCAGUUACUAUGGCGACUCCGGCUCCCGCUGGCGAGGAAGAUGCUUUUUGCCGGUAUCGCUCGCCUCUCGUCUCUCGCUACGCCAGCCCCGACAUGGCCUUUAACUUCAGCGAGAGGAAGAAGUUCGGCACUUGGCGGCGGCUCUGGCUUUACCUAGCCCAGGCUGAGAAGGUGCGUGUGUCAGAGUGUCGACUAGAGGAGGACUUGAUCGUUCUUCGGGAUGGAUUCAACCUGCUUCUUCCCAAGCUUGCCAGGGUGAUCAGCCGUCUGGCAGACUUUGCUGAGAAGUAUGCCAACUUGCCCACCUUGGGCUUCACUCACUACCAGCCUGCCCAGCUAACAACUGUGGGUAAACGCUGUUGCCUGUGGAUCCAAGAUCUCUGCAUGGACCUCCACAAUUUUGAGCGGGCACGAGAUGAGCUGAGAUUUCGUGGUGUAAAAGGCACCACUGGCACCCAGGCCAGCUUCUUGCAGCUCUUUGAAGGAGAUCAUGACAAAGUGGAGGAGCUGGACAGGCUGGUGACUGCAAUGGCGGGAUUUAAGCGGGCUUAUAUUGUUACAGGGCAGACUUACAGUCGCAAAGUGGAUGUUGAAGUUCUUUCUGUUCUGGCCAGUCUGGGGGCAUCUGUACAUAAGAUAUGUACUGAUAUUCGCCUUUUGGCCAAUCUCAAAGAAAUAGAGGAACCUUUUGAGAAAGAACAAAUUGGCUCAAGUGCCAUGGCUUAUAAACGGAAUCCCAUGCGUUCAGAGCGAUGUUGCAGUUUAGCUCGCCACCUUAUGAUUCUGGUCCUGGACCCCCUUCAGACAGCUUCUGUGCAGUGGUUUGAGCGCACGUUGGAUGAUAGUGCAAACAGGCGCGUAUGUUUAGCUGAGGCCUUCCUCACUGCUGACAUUAUACUUAGCACCCUACAAAAUAUCUCUGAAGGUCUUGUGGUGUAUCCCAAGGUAAUUGCAAGACGUAUUCAACAGGAGUUGCCUUUCAUGUCUACAGAAAAUAUUAUCAUGGCCAUGGUAAAAGCUGGGGGCAACCGCCAGGAUUGUCAUGAGAAGAUACGCAUUCUAUCCCAGGAGGCAGCUUCUGUUGUGAAACAAGAAGGGGGUGAUAAUGAUCUCAUUGCACGUAUUCGUGCAGAUCCUUACUUCAGCCCUAUCCAAGGACAACUGGAAUCUCUAUUGGAGCCCACAUCAUUUAUUGGGCGUGCUUCCCAGCAGGUAGCAAGAUUCCUGAAAGAAGAGGUCCACCCAGUGCUGACAUCUUAUCAGAGCAAAAUGGCUGUAAAAAUGGAGCUGUCUCUUUAAUUAGUAUUCAGUUAGUAUUUUAUUGGAGUGUUUAUGGGAAAAAAUUGUAAAAUAUAUUUUAAAACAUAAAUAUACACAAAGUGUCAAA